AGGGGAUGCAGAGCUAGUGUCUCAUCCGGAACGCUGAAUAAAUCAUACAGAUUCUGCAGGUCUAUUGAAGCAGAGCAUCAUGGGUCUGUUGUCUGACCCGAAUCGCAGAAAAGCCCUGACCAACCUCCUGACCCGCCUCAACACACCCAUAUGUAUUGUGUGCUACCUGGCGGCUAUCGUGUGGUUCAUGGGACUGGCGUUCGAGCCCUUCACUCUGCGCACGUACAUGUCAGAGAACGCCAUGGGCUCCACUAUGGUGGAGGAGCGCUUCUCCUCCGGGGAGCGAGCGCUGUCCCUCGCCAAGGAGUUCGAUGCCCACAAAAGAAAGGCAGGUGGGAUGCCGGUGGAGUGGUUAGUUAAAGCGAUGCAAGCCAGAGGACUGGAGGUGUUCACUCAGAGCUUCUCCCGUAAGCUGCCCUUCCCUGACGAGAACAAAGAAAGAUAUAUGGUUGGAGGCAGGAAUGUGUACGGGAUCCUGAGAGCUGCUCGCGCUCCUCGGACAGAGGCUCUGGUCAUCACUGCUCCCUGCAGUCCUGGAAACAGCAACAACCAGGCGGUCGGGCUUCUGCUGGCCCUCGCACAGUAUUUCAGGAACCAGAUUUACUGGGCCAAGGACAUCAUAUUCUUGGUGAACGAGCAUGAUCUGAUCGGCAUGCAGGCCUGGCUGGAAGGCUACCACCACACAAACAUCACAGGAAUGGAGUACUCGCCGCUGCAGGGUCGCGCAGGGUCAAUUCAAGCUGCCCUCGCAUUGGAGCUCAGCGGUGAUGUCAUUACCAGCCUGGACCUGAUUUUAGAAGGACUUAAUGGUCAGCUGCCCAACCUGGACCUGACCAACCUCUUCUAUGCCUUCUGUCAGAAGUUAGGAGCCCUGUGCACCAUUCAGGGAAAGCUCCAGAGGAAUGACUGGGACACGGCUGAGGGCUACACGCACGCGGCGCAGACCAUGAUGCUGAUGGUGUUGAAACAAGCUUGUGGACGGUCCUGGGGUGAUCACGGCCUCUUCCUCCGCUAUCACAUCGAAGCCGCUUCCAUUCGAGGCAUCAACAGUUUCAGACACUACAAGACAGACGCCACCACCAUUGGCAGGUUGGUUUUUCCGUCCAGUCCGGGCAUGUUGACAGUGUUGACCCCGGUGGUGAUUAGUCACCUGACAGGUGUGGCGUUGUAUCUGCUACCUGUUCAUCUGCAGGAAAUGGCUGUGGAGCACUUCCCUGUGUCUGAAACCGAAGCUGUGGUGCUCACUGCUAUUGCCAUCUAUACUGCAGGCCUGGCCCUGCCACACAACACACAGCGGUUGCUGUCUGGAGAGGGCACAGAGCAGGGCUGGAAAGUGCUGAAGCUGACGGCUUUGCUCUAUCUAGCGGUGUUGUUGGGCUGCACAGCCCUCAUUAACUUCUCUCUGGGAUUCAUCUUGGCGGUUACGCUGGUGCCGAUCACCGCCAGCAUCACGCCGCACAUGCCCAAAGCUCUGUGCGCUCUGGCCAUGGUGCUGCUCAGUCCUGCCUUCACCAUCCUCUACUGCGUCUUCAUCUACCAGGAGCUCAUCGAAGCACCCGUCAGCGUCGGCGAGGGCUGGAUGCUCUUCCUCUCGGUCAUCUCGCAGGGCAUUCUUGAUCACGCUCUCUACGGAUCGCUCGUAUAUCCACUCUUAGCCCUUUUCAUUUAUCCCUGUUGGCUAAUGUUCUGGAACAUUCUGUUCUGGAAUUAACCUUUCUCAGAUGUCUUCAAAUGGAGCUGUUUUUAAAAUGAAUCCCACUUUGUGCCAAUCAUGAAGAGUUAUUGUCCGUCUGUGGGCAUUGUCUGCCGUUAGGGAUUGGCAGAAGGAGGAUGUCAGGCCAGAUAAAGAGGAUUUAAUGGUGUGGCUUCAACGGUAAGAGCACUUUGGUCCAAGUAUUCAGUGUUUCAGUUUUGGGGAAGGGGUUUGCAUGAAGACCUAUGUAGGACAGAAAUGAGGAAUUAUUAUAAGAAAGCGGAAAUGUUCCAAUUCAUUAGAAAAGAAAUUCAAUAUUGUUACCAGAUGUGUGGACAUAAUAGUUCAUGUUUUACCUUAUAAUGGAAAAGGCUUUGCAUAGUUUGGCAUUUUGAACUCUGGGGGACUGGAAGCUUAUAUUUAAUAUGGUUUGAUACUGAAAAUUGUACAAAAGGAUUGUUUGUUUGUCAAUUCAAAUGAAUUCAAAAUGCAAUUUAAUUCUCUGUGCACAUUACAAAAGGCAGAAACAAGACGAUAACUCAACCUUAAAGAGUUUCCAAGACUUAUUUUCUUCAAUGCAUUAUAUCAAAUUUCAUUUCAUUUAUUUCAGGCAACACUGGAUUUAUAUGCUCUGAUGAGUUA